GUUCUGCACACCCCCAACAUAUCGAUCUACAUGCCCUUCAGUUCCUCUGUAACAGUGUGUCCGUGUGGUGCGUGGAGUUUUAAACAGUCCCUAGAUAAAAAAGUGCAUGUUGUGAGUCGGGUACCACGCGUGUGAUAUCAUUAAGUGUGCGAAGGCGAGAAGUAAAGAAGGAGCCCUUAUUUUUGUGUCGGCGGGCAAUCUGUCUGUCACCACCUGCGACAUCCAUCAAACGUAGCUGCGUGUACGUGUGUGUAUGUGCGCGAGUGUGUAUAUGUAAUGUGAUUUUAUACAAUAGUGUACGUGUUCGAUGUGUGCGAUCAGAUAGAUAAAUUUCAACACACGCAGUGAUCUAAUCUUGCACCCACCCUGCGAACAGCGUACGACACCGAGUGCGAGAGAGAGGGUGCGAGCGUGUUAUCAGCGCUGGCCGCUCUCCUUACUCUACCAUUUCCUUGCUUUCAUUUCCACGAACAAGUGUGCGUGUGUGCGUGAGUGUGUGUGUGUGUGGUACGUUGAGGGCUAGGAAAGACCUACACGCAACGCGCUGAACGUGUGCGCACGGCUCAGCCGUUUUCUCUCGUGCUUCAUUAGAGCGGGACCUUUGGCGUUGGUAAUUAAGCAAUCAGACGCAAGCAACCCGGUACAGACUUGGGAGGCCCUGGAACACCAGCAGUAUAACCCGCACAGCUAGACAGCUAGGCCGAAUUGUUCUUUUGUGUGGCAAUUAGAGAACAACUGUGAGAGAAAAAAAAACACACCUACCCCCAAAAAAACGUCAGAAUGUCACUGUGGGCCCGGGUGAAUCAGCUGCCGCAGCCCAUACUGGAGCAGAUUCGCUUCAUCUAUGGCAGCAACUUCCCGAUCGAGGUGCGCCAUUAUCUAGCAGAUUGGAUAGAGGAACGAUUGCUUAAUGCGCCGGUUUACACGAACGAUCAGGAAGCGGUGUACGAGCAGGAUGCGGCCAACUUUCUCAACCAGCUCAUCAUGGAGCUGGAACGGACGGCUAUUAAUCUGCCGGAAACGAACUUCACCAUCAAGAUCCGGUUGAACGAAUCGGCCCGAAACUUCCGCCAGCUGUUCUCGCACAAUCCGGCCCAGCUGUACCAGCAUCUGAUGAACUGUCUGCACCGGGAGCGACAGUGUGUUGCCUACCCUGAUGAGUGCGUGAACGUGCAGGACCCGGAGGUAACGGAGGUGUUCAAUGCGGUCCAGCAGCUGCAGAUAAUGGUGCGCACGAACGAAAAUGACAACCGGAACCUGAUGAAGGAGUACGAACAUUUGCUGCUGGAGGUGCAUGAGCUGCAGAAGAACCGGGCCCAGCUCGAAACGAUCGAAAAUGCGGAGAUGCGGGCCCAUGCACACAACCAGCUUGCCCAGCAUCAGAAGAUGGUGAACGAUCGGUUGCAGCUGUGCACCGGGAAGAGGCUCGCGCUGGUUGACGGCUUCCGAAAGACUAUACUGAUCACGGACGAGGUGCAGAACAAGGUGCUGAACAAGUAUCUGUCGCAGUGGAAGAUUAACCAGGGUUUCGCCGGCAACGGUGCAUCGAUGAUGAGCGCUAGCAACCUCGACACCAUACAGGCAUGGUGCGAAAGUUUGGCGGAGAUCAUCUGGAGCACGAAGGAUCAGAUACGGCUAGCGAUCAAGAACAAAUCGAAGCUGCAUGUGGAGCAGGAGGAUGUGCCGGAUCUGUUGCCACAGGCGAUGGUCGAUGUGACCAACCUGCUGAAGAUGCUCAUCACCAAUACGUUCAUAAUCGAGAAGCAACCGCCGCAGGUAAUGAAGACGAACACACGGUUCGCCGCUACCGUUCGGCUGCUCGUCGGCAACACGCUCAACAUCAAGAUGGUAAACCCACAGGUGAAGGUGUCUAUCAUUUCCGAGGCCCAAGCACAACAAACGCAACAGACCAACAAAGCUUCCGAACAGUCGUGCGGUGAAAUUAUGAACAACAUCGGCAAUCUGGAGUACAACGAAACGACCAAGCAACUGUCAGUGAGCUUCCGAAACAUGCAGCUGAAGAAAAUAAAGCGCGCGGAAAAGAAAGGCACGGAGUGUGUGAUGGAUGAAAAGUUUGCGCUACUCUUCCAGUCCAGCUUUGCCGUGGGACAUGGCGAUCUCGUCUUUUCGGUGUGGACUAUCUCCCUUCCAGUAGUGGUGAUCGUGCACGGAAACCAAGAACCACAGUCAUGGGCCACCAUUACUUGGGAUAAUGCGUUUGCCGAUAUAAACCGUGUUCCGUUCCAGGUACCGGAUAAGGUGAUAUGGAACCAGCUUGCGGAAGCACUCAAUAUGAAGUUCCGCGCUUCGACCGGCCGUUCGCUGACGGCGGAAAAUAUGCAUUUUCUGUGCGAGAAAGCAUUCAAAACGAACCUGCCAUUCCCUGUACCGAAUGAUCUCACAAUCAUGUGGUCACAGUUUUGCAAGGAACCGAUACCGGACCGUUCGUUCACAUUCUGGGAUUGGUUUUACGCGGCGAUGAAGGUAACACGCGAACAUCUGCGCGGUCCGUGGAUGGAUGGUAGCAUCAUUGGCUUCAUACACAAAUCCAAAGCGGAGGACUAUCUGCUCAAGUGCCCACGAGGUACCUUCCUGUUGCGCUUCUCCGAUAGUGAGCUCGGUGGUAUUACCAUUGCCUGGGUAAAUGAGGGUAAUGAUGGACAGCCACAGAUACUGCACAUUCAACCAUUUACGGCAAAAGAUUUCUCCACCCGUUCACUAUCCGAUCGCAUACGCGACUUUGACGAUCUCUUCUAUCUGUACCCGAACAAGCCGAAGCACGAAGCGUUUGAUCGGUACACGACCCCGGCGGGACCACCGCGUAACAAAAACUACAUCGCAUCGGAGGUGCGUGCCGUACUGAUGCCCGGUCCAACCAACAAUCAGAUGAAUAGCUUCCCGAACACACCGUCCUACAACAUUCAAUCACCUGAUGCAUCCCGCGAUACGCCCUCGAGCGGGUUUUCCAUGAGCUGUCGAACUAGCGGUACCUCCGUAACGGGCAGUGUGCAACACCGGUACACAUCCAGUUUCGAGCCGUACGUACAGUCGGACGGUAUCACGCAGUCGGUCAUGAUGGCGACUGGUACAUUGUCCAAUUUGGUGCGACCACCGCCCGCCCUGAGUGUGUUGUCGACGAGUAGUAAUUGUAGCAGUAGUACUACUGCAACCACCAGUCAUCACCAUCAUCACAGUCUGAUGGAACAACAGCAGCCACAUCACAGCCAUAUGUCGAUACUGCCAGCUCACAGUCCUGGUGGUGGACAGAACCAUCUUCGGUCACAACAGCAGCACUACGAGGAUACGACGUCGCUCAGUGAAUGCGGCCUAGAUGGGACCGAUCAUCGAAUGCAACAACAACAGCCAUUACCGUCCGUACCGACAGCGUUCUCGUUUACCGGUAUUACCUUUACGGACAGUGGUGAGCAACAGAAGCUACCGGAUGGUGGUAGUAAUCAGCUCAAGCGGACAGUCACCCAACAGUCUAGUACAUCCGGUAUGACAAACAGUAGAACUACUAGCCGAAGAAAUGACAAUAGUGGUGAGAGUGUGUCCACCUCCUCCCGUACGACAUCGUUAUCAUCCAGCGGUACUACCACUUCGACAUCAACCGCUAUGGAUUUCGCCGGUUUAGAUGAGCUCACCUGGUUGGAUAUGAACAACAACAGUAACUGGAUUGGCGACGGUUCGUCAUGAAAGGUGUAGUAACGGCUGAAAGGCAACGUUGCAAGGACGUAAUCCUGUCCCAGCUGUUUUUUACCACUUUACCUUGUCCCCCUAGAUCAAUUCGGUUUUCGCUGAAUAGCAACGUAUGAAAAUUUCAAGGUUACGGUUUUUGGUGCCAGCCACACCCAGUACGAAUUCUUUCAUCCGGCCUUGCGCAUUAUCUUCUGGAAGGGAAGAAUUCUAUUCGAGAGUAUGAUUUAGAAUUGGAAGCGAGUAGGGAGGGGACAGAGGAUAAAAGGGGGCGUUUAUCUCACAGGGCGGAAAAUGUUCAUAUCCAUACGCGAUUUAAUAUUGUUCGAAAUAAAUUCCACGUUUGACUAGCCUUUUACUGUGACUUCAAAUUGUGAGUGCGUGUUAAAAAAUGCUACACACAUAAAAAAAAAAUGUCAGUGAGGAUAUCAGGUUUACUCCUAAACGUUAUGGAGCUACAAGAAAGAAAGUGGUCUCCUUGUGUGAGAUCCUUUAGCAGGGGAUGAGAGUUUACCGCUGGAACCGUUAUCUGCGUUGAUCGACGAAGAAUUGAAAAGCACAGACGCCCUGUCACACACACUUUCGUUGCACUGGUGAUUACUACUUUGCUGUCAACCGUUGAAACUUGAGCGUUUAUUUUGAUGAUGUCUAAAACAUCCAACUAACGCUAGCUUCUCUGAUCUACUAUCUAACUGUUGGUGUUUUGAUUAGUGUCAUACACAUAGCACAUUUACACACUCUGGAUACAUCUUCUCUCUGGAUACUACAUCAAUGGUUGAAAAAAAACGCUGUUACUGUAAGACGAAUGACAGCCUCGCACUGGGGCAAUGGAACGUAAAAAUGUUUGCGCAACUGCUGUACAUGUAUUUAAAGAAAUCGAACGAAAUCGAAUAAUAUCAGUGCAUCAGAUAGAAUAAAACUAAAAAGUAAGAAACAAUUACAACUAAUGUAUCUUUCCGCAGGAAGGACUGAGACAACAAAACCAAAACACAAUGAUUCAUUAACAGGACGCUAGUAAAACAUAUUGCAACACGGCAGAUGCAUGCCGUUACGUAGAUAAAGUGCAAAUGAGUUCAUUUAUGAUUAUGAUUAGUCCAUAAAUAUAGCUACAUUUAAUGUCCAACACUCGCACCACCGUGUGCGGAGGGAAGGACGGUAAAAGAGUACUCUAGUCAUAACAGAAACAAACAUUUCAACCAAAAGAAAGUUUGUGCAGCGCUGGUUCUGAAGGGAAAUAACAAACGUUACCAUGUAAGACAGUCAAUACUUAGAUAAAUGCGUCGCUGCAGCGACAAUUCUAUUCGUACAACUACUGUAAACCCUGUACUGUUCGUUUACACACAGAGCCACACACUCUACGGUGUAUUGCGUGUAAGCUGUCGUAUUAAUUGUAACCGAAAGGGGAGAAACACAAAAAACCCAUAACCGUUCGCCUUACCUUGGCAUCUCCUUAACUGUGCUAGCCAAUAUAAUAAUAUGUGUACUACAUCAAAACAGCAUAACAGUGUAAUGCAAAAGAACAAAAACCUAAUUGUGAUGUUUAUAUCAACCCCAGAUGUGAGAGCUUUCGUCCUUCAAAAAGAGAUAGAGAGAGAGAGAAAAAAACGUACCUUAUAAUGUGAAAGAGGUUUGAAAAAAAAUGACUGUUAUCGAAUUUAAAACCAUAAGUGUCCCACACACCAUCACACACAAAAACGCAACAUACAAACAACGCACUGUAAAGUAGUAGAAAGAUGUAUGAAGAUAUGGAUGAUCAGAUCCACCGUAGUGUAACGUGUUCUGUGUCGCUAGACUAGACAAGAUCAGAAUUACCAUGAGACUAGUAGUAAUAGUAUUAGCAUUUUACGACACCGCUGGAUCCUGGAUCCCUUUAUUUAGUGUGGCGUGUUAUGCUAUAAUGACAAAAAAGAGGAUGCUGGUAGAUAAUGCAAAUAUACAAAGCAAAAAACCUUUUGAGGAUGGUGGGUAAAACAAGAUGAAACUAAUCUUACCACAUACGUAGCAUAUACGGCUGCUUUACUAGUGCUGCCGGGCAUAGAACAUUGGUAGAAUCUCAUAUUUGUUUAUAGCACACUGACUUACAACGGGGAAACUAUCUGUACUGUCUAGCUACGUAGAAUGUGUGCGCAAACAUAAACACACUAACCCACCGUGCUGACUAACACACAAACAAGCACAUUUUUGCAAUAUUUCAUUUAUCUAGCCUCUUGCCUUAGUUUUGCCCUGCCAAUGUAUUACUGUUUUUUUUUUACUUUUUUUUGCUUUUGAUUUAAAUAGUAAUCUAAGUAUAUAUAUUUUUGUUUUAGCAUUUUUGCUUUUCACCGUCCCCAUUUCCCAAAAACAGAUAUAAUGCGUUUUAAUGUGAUUAUUAUGUAUCUUUCUUCUUUUAUUUUUAUACGUACAUAUUCUUUGUAAAAUCGAACCAACUACAAACUAAUACAUCAACCGCUUCAUCACAACCUUCAAAAUACGACAAACCACACAAAAUGGCGCGCUGGCUGUUAUCCGUUACCCGGUACACACACUAAUUGCAAUACAAAAUGGAUGCCGAUGCAGUUACGGUCAGACAAAUUACGGUCAGGUGCCUGAUUUCGAGCUCGAAAACAUUGGUAUGUUUUCAUCGCAGUAUCACUGAAGUAACCUGACGUGCGCGGCCUGAAACGAAGUGUGUCGAGAAAGACGACGUAUUGUACAUUUACGCUAUAGAAUUCUGAAGACGUAAUAUUUACUAGACUUAGCGAUAUAUUAGGAUAGAACUUUAAAACACACGCACACACAAAACCACACUCAGCUUGCAGCCAAACACACGCCAUAUUUGCUGUCCUGUUUCCAGUCAUCAGCAUCGUUAUAUUCCUCGCGUGGUUUAAUGAGCUUACUGGUCCGAUAGUAUAUUCGGUAUGUGCAAAGCUUUCUUAGUUCUUCGUGAUUAAGAGGCUAACUAAAUUUGACACUACUAUACUAGAUGCACCAAUAUGCCAUUAUUAUGAUUUUUAGUAACCUCUAAUAACUGACCCUGAUUGAUGGGAUAUCAAAACAAUGUAGCAAUCCAUUUGGGAUUUAAGGUUCGGUAAGAUGUUGUCUCUAUGUCGUUCAUAGGAUAUAAAAAUUUACAUGACCUGGUUAUUUUCUGGCAAAUCGUUUCUGAGAUUUGAGCCACUCCGAAAAUUCUCUAUAACUUUCUGGAAGAUUAUUCGUAUUUAUUCAAAAUGAUUGAGUAAUUUAUUCUUCUCAUUAAUGCAAUAUUUAUUUUCCUGUUUGUCGUUGCUGUCAAAGCAGACCAACAGAAACAUACUGUGCCAUACAAAGCUUUUAAACUAUUUCCUGUUUUUAUUUUCAUUUCGUUUCCGCUCUAAGACACCAUUGAUUAUUCUGGUUUUUUUAAUUGUGACUAGUGAGCUCUGAACCCUAGAGGAGAUAACGAUCAAUCUGCUUGAUUCUACACGGAUGACUAUUGUGAAACUAGAAGUAGAUUAUUAAAUGCAAAUGUAAACGUAUGAGUAAAUUUCAAAUUUCAUGUGUCUGUACGCGCAAUUAAAACUUAGUGUUACUGGAAUGGCGAUUGUGUCUGAAUGUUUGAAUGAUUAUUGUGUGAACCUUACCUUUUUAAUACUAGAUUAUGUGAUGUGUUAAGAAAAACAAAUGGUUUGUGUAUGUGUGUGUGUAUUAAUCUUAGGUGUAUGAAAGUAUAUUAGAAAAAUGAAAGGAAAGGAAUACAUACAAUGAUAUAGGGAGCGAUUCGAAAUAUAAUAUACGAAUAUGUGUAUAUGUGCUUUCUACUUACAUAUAACUGUUAUUCAAGGAUGCGUGCUCAUAGGCGACUGAUAUCGGGAUCACUUCAACAAACACAAACAGUUUUAUGUACAUAAACUUAAACAGUUAGUAUUGUAGUGUUCACCAAGUUCUGGGCAGAUGCCAUUAACGCAAAUAGGAUAAAUGAGGUAUUGUAAUACGCAUACAUUAAUGUCUUUUCUCGGGAUAUGUGCAUGUGGGAAGAGGUGUUGAUUAACAGUAAUCAACCCAAGAAACUAGCAGAAUCGAGCGAAAGAACUUUAGAUAAAGUAGCUAAAUAAGGGUAACAAGCGAAGAGCUUACAUUGACUGGAGUUGCUCACAGAAAUGAUCGGUUUCACCAAAUCUUUUAAACAAAUCUAGGCAACGAAAUAUUACUAUGUACCACUAGUUGUUGAUAUGUGCAGCAAGAAACGGACGGCAAGAAUGUAAACACAGCACUGUACGAUUUGCUGUUUGCCUUUUGUUUUUUUAAUUCAUUUACACUUGUCUAUUACAUCCACGCUCCAUUCGGACAUCCGUCCCGUUGGGCACAGGAAUGCUGAACCGCAGAAAAUGAAGUAAAACGAUAGCUAGAAAUGGGUCAAGGGGGGAAAGAGCAAAACAAAAAACACACACGAAAAUGGUAACAAAUGUUCUACUUGCUGUGUUUUCACUAUUAGAUGUGUAUUGAAGUGUUAAACAAAACUGGUGAACGAGCAUAUGUAACUAAGGUCCAAUUGAAAUGUGCAAAUUAUACGACAUAGUCCAUCCGUGCGUGCGUUUAACGUCACUUUGAAAGUGUUAUAGGGAGCGUUUACUGCGUAGUGUUUUCGCCGGGAAGGAAGGCAGGAAUAUUAAUCUCUAAGAGUAUGUAAUACAAAACACAACGAAUAUACAGAGACAAACAUAGAAACACAAAUGAAAGAAAACAAAAGGGUUAGAAGAAACCAAACAACGUAAACGAAUGAUAAGAUUUCUCUAAGCGUACGUACGGCAAUUCGUCUCCUGUUUGGUUUUAGUGUGUAGUAAGACCCUUGUGCAAUGUGUUUCCUACUUUUACUGGUGGAAAUGUGCAAAUUUCCACUCAACCAGAUACACACACACACACACUUCAGCAUUUUUAAUAUUGUGAACGCCAUGUUCUUAUAUGUGUGACCAAUUAUUGGUGUUAAGCAAAACAAAACGAAACAAAACACAGAAAGGAAAAGAGUGUAUUGAUCUCAUGCGGUGGUGUAUUGGAUCAUGUUGCAUCAAAGUGGAAGAAUAAUAUACUAAAAUAGAUGUAAUACAAAACCAAUAGAGCAAAUCGUGCAAAAUGCAAACAAAACGAAUGAGGAAGCGGAAAGUGAAAGUACAAUUUUCCCCCAAAAAACAUAAAUUCGUUCAAUGUAUGUGUGUGCGUGUGUAACUCAUAAAGGAAAUAUUUUAGUGUCUAAUCCCAAAGAUAGACUGGCUGAAAAAAAACAACAAAGAAAAUAAGUUGGCACUAAAGAUUGUGGGAUAGUGCUAUAAUAACACCGAAACGAAGAUAUUAGCAUAUAACAACCUAAUUUUGUUUAUGUUAUGUGCAGAAAACAGUAUAUAUUAGAAGGCGCAUUGGCCACUGUUAUGUUGGGAAAUAGUAGCAAAAUAAUACAGAAAUGAGCCUAACCAAGCCUACGAUAGGAAGGAUGUUCUACGCCAUAAAAUCCCCACACAGUUCCUGUUUCCGGCAAUCGUGCACACCUUUGAUUCAGACAGCACUUACUAAAAUACACACACACACACACACACACACACACACACACACACACACACACGCAACGAUUUAUGCUCGUUCUGUGCACACUAGUCAAUGGGACAAUGAAGCAGCAUAAUUCCAAUGAUUUUUAGUAGCAGCAGUAAUACAUUUUUUAACCGGUAAGAGCUAAAGAAUACGAGCGACAGAGAGAAAAUGAUGUUACUAUAAUGUUGUUGGCUUGUGUUGUUUUACCACCGGUUUGUCCCAGAAUGACAUACCGUGUACACUAGGUUUUACUUUGGAGUGCUUUUGUUUCAAUUAAUGCACGCAAAUGGAUGAAUUUAAUUAAUGUUACAUGAUGAAAUUAUUAUAGCAAAUAAUGCUGUUUGAUUUUGGCCGUUUAAAGUGUUUAAAAUGUCCUUCAGGUAAAUCGGUUCGUGAAAGAUAUUUAGGAUGGGCUUUUUUUAGUCUAAGUAGGAGCACAGAUUAGGGUAGCUUUUUUAAAAUUGUCAAAAGAUAAUAUGUUAUAUAUAUGUUGCUUGAUGAAUUUAUAUCAGUCGAAUGCUAUCAGAAAAAAAUCCACUUUCAAGGAUCAAUUUUGAACAGUUUUCCCUAACUGGUUUAUAAAGAUCAAACAUGUUACAAACCUACCGAUGAAAAGGAAUGCAAACAGAGAAUUAAUGUCAUAGCACAAAGAAUAACUCACCGUAACCACAUACAAAGUUAUUAAGCUGAUAAUUUAUCGCGUAUUUAGAUAAAAACAAAACAAAAAAAACUAAAACACGCGAAACGAAAGGAUUGAUUUUGUCCCCUCUAUUUACAAUAUGAUCGUACGACAAAUAGUGUCGAUAGGUGUAUGCGAAUCUAUAUACCAAACAAUAUGAAGAGCUUAGAUCGGUUUCCGUAGUAAGAAAAGCAGUAACUUCAUUAUAAUAAUGCAAACAUUACCAACGCAGCAGAUAGAAAACUGUCGGAGAGCUUGUAAUUUGGUGCGCUGUUUUGUAUUUUGAAACAGAAAGACAUUGACAUUUUUGGAUAAUGAAAUGAAUAGAAAACCCCUUACUUAAUAUGGACAGUCUUGCUUCCUUGGUGUGUAUGAAUGCAUGCACACCUAAGACGCAGUCCACAUGGAUAGUUUCCGAUCAGUUCGGCCAAAUGUGGGAGUACGAAAGCUACAUAAGUUAAUUGGACGUAAUUAUAAAAACAAAGAUGACCCUAAUGCUAAAAUAAUGCUAAUUAGUAUACGACGCCGAAAUGCUGGGGCGCUAGAGAUUGGUAAAAGUGUAUAAGGAAAACAUGAUGUAUGAUGUGUGUGGUCUCGUGUACUUUGGAAUUGUUGCAAAACAACUGUAUCUGUUUAAAAAAUAAAUUCUGUGUAAAAACGUA